AGAAGUAUCAAUAUUCCAAUACAGAGAUCUUGAAACUUGAAACCGUUAGUUCUGUUAUCGCAAGAAGUACUGCUUAAUCAAUCUGCUGAGAACUAUCCAGUCCCAGAUGGCAGGAACAACAUACUUAAAAAAUAAGAAAAAAUAAACGUAGAAUCGAAAGUAACAGUAACUAUGAAUAAUUUUUAGAUAUCGAUGUCAAUGUCACUCAGAAAUCUUUCAACUAUUCUUAGAGCAUUAGGCUCCAUGUUGUGUAGGCCCAAACUUUAUUUUUUUGAACUAUAGAGUGGCGACAUCGUACAACUUUUUGGAGCAUCAAAACCGUGUCAAAGAAUCAAGGGCGUAAUAGCAAAAAACCAAACACGCACAUACGGAUCAAACAAAUGCGUAAUAGCAAGACCAAACACGCACAUACGGUACAAAUCGUGUAGGAUUACGUCGCAACAUCUCGUUAUAACGUUCGACAAAACUGCUGGAAAAAUUGAAAGCAUAAAUUAAGGUUUUUGUAUUGACAUUGCAACGAUAAAAAGUGUAAUUCUAAUAAUAAAGUGAUCGGGUGUGUUGGGUCUCAGUGAUCAUUUAUAUAAACAAUAUAAACAGAUAUAUAAAUACAAAAUAAAUAGGAAAUGGAAAAUAAAACAGAGCAGUCUGAGGAAGUCAUCGUAAAAGUACCCCUGCAGGAUGAAGUUCAAGAGAAAGAAGAACCUCAAAACCCAUGGAAAAUCUCUUUUUUUUGCUUCAUUUGGUUUGUUGCUUCGAUCUGCAACGCGUUUUUGAUCAAAAUAGUCAUGAAUGAGAGACGCAUUCUCUCAGUUACAACAGCUCUGAUGGUACAAUUGGUCUCCACGUUAUUGUACACUUGGAUAUUUACGACUCUUUGGGGUGUACCGAAAAAUAAUACACAAGUUUCAUUGGUCAAGUACUUGAAACUAACAUUUCCUAUCGCAGUUAGUAUUUUUCUUCGCACGAGAAUAAGAGACUGGGAGAUAUGGUCAACUCCUAUCAGUGAUCCCGUUACUAUUCCUGUUGAAGCCGCUUAUCUGUUUUUUGCCCUUGUGUUCUCCAAAACAAUCUUGGGUGAUAAACGAAUUGAGUAUUGGCACAUGAGUCUGGUAGCAGUUGCAGCCUGGGCAAUUAUCUCCUUUUGCGGAUUUAACUCUCUUAGAGUACCAGAAAUACUUGGAUUUGCAGUAAUGACUGCUUUUGAGAUGGCAUUCUCAAAAAUGAUAAUGCGAGAGUUUCGCAUCCACCCUCUAAGAUUACUCUCAGCUUUGAGUGCCCUGGUUCUUCUUCCAGUGUUAGCCAUGUGGAUUUAUGAAAUGAGCUGGCGUAUACAGUACACUGAUAUCCUCGAGCGACCUAUGGCUUCUCAAACGGUUCUUUUGAUCUUCCUUUUUGGAAUACUAAGUUGUAUUCAAUCAGCUGCAGCUUUUACGAUUCUAUCAGCUGUACCUUUCCAUCAUUACCUUAUUGGGAGUGCUUUCAAUAGAAUAACUCGAUUUUGCAGCAUCGCUCUGAUAACGUCAGCUUUUCCAAUAGUACAUCAGUACUACAAUUACCAGUUUUAACGUCAAGUCAUCAAGUUACGGAACUUAACAACUGGAAGCGAUUUACUGCAAAAGACGAUUCUUGUUUACCAAACAAUCAAAAUAUUUUAUUAAAUCUUUUUGCAUAUAUAUUUACAAGAAUUUAUUUGCCCCUAUGAAUAAGAGUAAAUGUAAUAAGUUGAAUAUUUUUCAACUAUCGUGGAGAUUAAUUCAUAUACAAUAAGUGUACAACAAUGGUUAAUCCUCAAGUGAAAUUGAAUGAAUGGUGUAAUAAUUUUCCAAUUCGCUGUACCACAGCGCUGCCAAUAUCUUCUUUCGUGCACCAUCAACAAAUGAGUUGCUGAGAAAAUAUACGAAAAAAACUGCGUUCAAGCUCAAGAUUUCAAUAAAAAUCUAGAGGAAAUUAGAAACCGUGCUUUUAAGAUGAUUCAUCACUCGGGCUAUUUCAGUAGAUCUCUGGAUCAGCCCACUAUUCCGCUCAAACGUUUGUUUUAUUUUUUUUAUCAAGAAUUUUACGUAUAAAUACAAUGCAAUCAGUAAACUUGAUUCAUUAUUCACCCGAAAAUAUCGUACAAGUGGUAUUAAUCUUAUUGGGUAUACAAAUACUAUAUGUUCGUAUGAUGAAUAAAGUUUCAAUGUAUUUGAACAA